CGCAUCCCGCUCGCUCACACAAAGCCCAGACGCGGAGAAAAUGGCGGCAGGGGUCGAAGCGGCAGCCGAGGUGGCGGCGACGGAGCCCAAAAUGGAGGAGGAGAGCGGCACGCCCGGCGUGCCGAGUGGCAACGGAGCUCCAGGCCCGAAAGGUGAAGGAGAACGACCAGCUCAGAAUGAGAAGAGGAAGGAGAAAAACAUAAAAAGAGGAGGCAAUCGCUUUGAGCCAUAUGCCAAUCCAACUAAAAGAUACAGAGCCUUCAUUACAAACAUACCUUUUGAUGUGAAAUGGCAGUCACUUAAAGACCUGGUUAAAGAAAAAGUUGGUGAGGUAACAUACGUGGAGCUCUUAAUGGACGCUGAAGGAAAGUCAAGGGGAUGUGCCGUUGUUGAAUUCAAGAUGGAAGAGAGCAUGAAAAAAGCUGCUGAAGUUCUAAACAAGCAUAGUCUGAGUGGAAGACCACUGAAAGUCAAAGAAGAUCCUGAUGGUGAACAUGCCAGGAGAGCAAUGCAAAAGGUGAUGGCUACGACUGGUGGGAUGGGUAUGGGACCAGGUGGCCCAGGAAUGAUUAAUAUCCCACCCAGUAUCCUAAAUAAUCCUAACAUCCCAAAUGAGAUUAUCCAUGCAUUACAGGCUGGAAGACUUGGAAGCACAGUAUUUGUAGCAAAUCUGGAUUAUAAAGUUGGCUGGAAGAAACUGAAGGAAGUUUUUAGUAUGGCUGGUGUGGUGGUCCGAGCAGACAUUCUUGAGGAUAAAGAUGGAAAAAGUCGUGGAAUAGGCACUGUUACUUUUGAACAGUCCAUUGAAGCUGUGCAAGCUAUAUCUAUGUUUAAUGGCCAACUGCUAUUUGACAGACCAAUGCACGUGAAAAUGGAUGAGAGGGCCUUACCAAAGGGAGAUUUUUUCCCUCCUGAGCGUCCACAACAACUUCCCCAUGGACUUGGUGGUAUUGGCAUGGGGUUAGGACCAGGAGGGCAGCCUAUUGACGCCAAUCAUUUGAAUAAAGGCAUUGGAAUGGGCAACAUAGGACCCGCAGGAAUGGGAAUGGAAGGCAUAGGAUUUGGAAUAAAUAAAAUGGGAGGCAUGGAGGGACCCUUUGGUGGUGGUAUGGAAAACAUGGGUCGAUUUGGAUCUGGGAUGAACAUGGGCAGAAUAAAUGAAAUCCUAAGUAAUGCACUGAAGAGAGGAGAGAUCAUUGCAAAGCAGGGAGGAGGUGGAGGCGGAGGCAGUGUCCCUGGAAUUGAGAGGAUGGGCCCCGGCAUUGACCGCAUUGGGGGUGCCGGCAUGGAGCGCAUGGGUGCAGGCCUGGGCCACGGCAUGGAUCGUGUGGGCUCCGAGAUUGAGCGCAUGGGCCUGGUCAUGGACCGCAUGGGCUCAGUCGAGCGCAUGGGCUCCGGCAUCGAGCGCAUGGGCCCGCUGGGCCUCGACCACAUGGCCUCCAGCAUCGAGCGCAUGGGCCAGACCAUGGAGCGCAUCGGCUCUGGCGUGGAGCGCAUGGGUGCCGGCAUGGGCUUUGGCCUGGAGCGUAUGGCCGCACCCAUUGACCGUGUGGGCCAGACCAUCGAGCGCAUGGGCUCUGGCGUGGAGCGAAUGGGUCCUGCCAUCGAGCGCAUGGGCCUGAGCAUGGAGCGCAUGGUGCCCGCAGGCAUGGGGGCAGGCCUGGAGCGCAUGGGCCCUGUGAUGGAUCGCAUGGCCACCGGCCUGGAGCGCAUGGGCGCCAACAACCUGGAGCGCAUGGGCCUGGAGCGUAUGGGCGCCAACAGUCUCGAGCGCAUGGGCCUGGAGCGCAUGGGCGCCAACAGCCUGGAGCGCAUGGGUCCCGCCAUGGGCCCGGCCCUGGGCGCUGGCAUUGAGCGCAUGGGCCUGGCCAUGGGUGGUGGUGGCGGUGCCAGCUUUGACCGUGCCAUCGAGAUGGAGCGUGGCAACUUUGGAGGAAGCUUCGCAGGUUCCUUUGGUGGAGCCGGAGGCCAUGCUCCUGGGGUGGCCAGGAAGGCCUGCCAGAUAUUUGUGAGAAAUCUCCCAUUUGAUUUUACAUGGAAGAUGCUAAAAGACAAGUUCAACGAAUGUGGCCACGUGCUGUAUGCCGACAUCAAGAUGGAGAAUGGGAAGUCCAAGGGGUGCGGUGUGGUUAAGUUUGAGUCGCCAGAGGUGGCUGAGAGAGCCUGCCGGAUGAUGAAUGGGAUGAAGCUGAGUGGCCGAGAGAUUGAUGUUCGAAUCGAUAGAAAUGCUUAAGCAGUUGCCUUUUUUAAACAUCGAUACCAGACCUCUGAAUUUGUAUUUUUUCUUGUUAACCAUUUUAAUUUGUUGGCUGGAUGUAUAAAGAUGUUUAAAAAAUUCAGUUGCUUUUUGGGGUAAUUUGAAUUACUUUUUUAAUGACUGGGGUUCCAUUUGACUGUUUGCAUUGAGAUUGCAAUGUGCGCAAUUUUUUUUGUAGUUGUGGCAUCUUGUUGACAUCGAAUAUGACUUUGAUAAUAAAUACCAGUUCCUGAA